AAAACUUAUUUAACUUGAACAUUGGAACCCAUGCAUAUUACUGCAAAUCGACAGGCAAAAAUACCUAUUCCGGUAUUCGAACGCGCCGCUGCAAUUGGUCACACUGCCAGCUGUCUUCCCUCCCCCACAAACACAUACACGUUGGCUGGAUGCGUGUGUGAGUGGCAGUGCGAAACCGAAACAAGAAAAGCCAGCGAAAAAUCACGGAAAUUAAACAAAUUCGCUGGCACGCCGACCAGCCGACUGCAGAUUUAUCCCGCCGGGCGGGGAACCGCAAAAGUGGCCAAAAUUCGGCGAAAACAGCGCAAGUGUGACAAAGCAUUCGUGCCAUUGCAGCCGUCGACAAAACGGGCGAAAACAAAAGAGAAUAGUGUUGAUAGUAAUACGAGUGUAUUUAGCAGCAGCAGCAGCCAGAGCUGCAACGGGUGGGUGGUGGGUGCGGAAACGGGCCGGGGAACGGCCGAGAAUGAAACACGGGCGACAACAACAAAAACAGCAGCAACAACAAAUGCCGGUCGGUUUAUUACCGCUGAUCUAAUCAAAACAGUUGAUAGCACUCAAAGAAAGGGCAAAAACCCCCUAGAUGCCACCAAACAUUUGCGCCUAUCCGACUGCUUGCGUACUGUGCAAAAACUUGCUAUUGAACUUGAGGGCGGCGACGCCACCGCCGACAUGUCAGAGACGGGCUGUCGGCAUUAUCAGAGCUACGUGAAGGAGCACAGCUACGAUACAUUCCGGGUCAUCGACGCCUACUUCGCUGCCUGCGUCAACAGAGAUGCGCGCGAGAAGAAGGCGAUUCACUGCAACUGCUUCGAGUGCGGCAGCUACGGCAUCCAGUUGUACGCGUGCCUGCACUGCAUCUACUUUGGAUGUCGGGGGGCCCACAUCACCAGCCACCUUCGAUCAAAGAAGCACAAUGUGGCUCUGGAGUUGUCCCACGGAACGCUCUACUGCUACGCCUGCAGAGAUUUCAUCUACGAUGCGCGGAGCAGGGAGUAUGCGCUGAUCAACCGCAAGCUGGAGGCCAAGGAUCUGCAGAAGAGCAUCGGUUGGCAGCCGUGGAUUCCGACAGCCAAGGAGACGAAUCUUCUGCUGGCCAACGCGAGGCGCAGGUUGGUGAGGCCCAAUCAAACGAUCGGACUGAGGGGACUGCUCAAUCUGGGGGCCACUUGCUUUAUGAACUGCAUUGUCCAGGCUCUGGUUCACACGCCCCUGCUGAGUGACUACUUCAUGUCAGAUCGCCACGACUGCGGCAGCAAGUCCUCGCACAAAUGUCUCGUCUGCGAAGUUUCGCGUCUCUUCCAGGAGUUCUACUCGGGCUCCCGUUCGCCGCUGUCCCUGCACCGGCUACUGCAUUUAAUAUGGAACCAUGCGAAGCACUUGGCCGGCUACGAGCAGCAGGAUGCGCACGAGUUCUUCAUCGCCACCCUGGACGUGCUGCAUCGGCACUGCGUGAAGGCAAAGUCGGAGCACGAGAGCAAGAGCAACAGUUCGGGCUCGGGAAGUGGAACCAACUCGAGCAGCUCGAGCAGCUCGCACUGCUACGGUCAGUGCAAUUGCAUCAUCGAUCAGAUCUUCACUGGCAUGCUGCAGAGCGACGUUGUGUGCCAGGCGUGCAACGGAGUGUCGACCACCUACGAUCCCUUCUGGGACAUUUCGCUGGAUCUGGGGGAGACGACAACGCACGGUGGAGUGUCCCCCAAAACACUAAUCGACUGCCUGGAGCGCUACACUCGCGCCGAGCACCUGGGAUCGGCGGCCAAAAUCAAAUGCUCCACCUGCAAAUCCUACCAGGAGUCCACCAAGCAGUUCAGCCUGCGCACGCUGCCCAGCGUGGUCUCCUUCCACCUGAAACGCUUUGAGCACUCGGCCUUGAUCGAUCGCAAGAUUUCAUCGUUCAUUCAAUUCCCCGUCGAGUUCGAUAUGACACCCUUUAUGUCGGAGAAGAAGAACGCCUAUGGAGACUUCCGGUUCUCUUUGUACGCCGUGGUCAAUCAUGUGGGCACAAUCGACACGGGUCACUACACGGCGUAUGUGAGGCACCAGAAGGACACGUGGGUUAAGUGCGAUGAUCAUGUGAUAACGAUGGCAUCGCUUAAGCAGGUGCUGGACAGCGAGGGUUAUUUAUUGUUCUAUCAUAAAAACGUACUGGAAUACGAAUAGAGGACAUUCGAUGCGAUCCUUGGAGUGACUGCAUCCCUCAACUCAAAACACCCACAAGCAUAAAACCUUUCAUUAUGAAUAAACACACAUAAAACAGA